AUAUAAGUGGUGGUGGUGGUGAAUGCGGUUCUGCUUUUCCGGCAGGCGUAUCUCGGAAACAAGCUUACUUCUCCGGCAUGCUUAUGAAGAACCCCGGCAUACCAAUAUUCCUUUCUGUGUUUUUAGUCACCCUUUUCGUCACUGCAGACAUAUUCACUCGUUGGGUUGAUGUUUCUUCAAUAACCGCUCAAUUUCGUCAAAAGGACAUUCCUCCGUUCGAAAACAGUGAAACCACCAACAACUCGAUACCUGAAUCAUGUCCAGAAUACUUUAGAUGGAUUCACGAAGAUCUAAAGCCAUGGAAACAUACUGGAAUAACUAACGAAAUGGUGAAAAAAGCUAGAGAAAAGGCACAUUUCAGGUUAAUCAUCAUUGAUGGAAGACUUUACAUGGAGAAAUACGGCUAUGUGUUCCAAACUCGAGAUGUAUUCACAAUUUGGGGGAUCUUGCAACUUCUUGAACUUUAUCCCGGAAAAGUGCCGGACCUUGACUUGAUGUUCACGUGUCACGAUUGGCCGUUGGUUCGAAAAUCCAGUUACCAUGACAAUACGAGUGUUAUACCUCCAUUGUUCCAUUAUUGUGGGGAUGAUUUGACUUACGAUAUCGUCUUUCCGGAUUGGUCGUUUUGGGGCUGGCCUGAAGUGAAUAUAUUGCCAUGGGUGAAAUUGAGCAAAGAGUUGGAAGAAGGGAAUCAGAGACAAAAAUGGAUGGAAAGGGAACCCUUUGCAUACUGGAAAGGGAAUACGCGCACAGGGAGGGCCCGGAAAGACCUUGCAAAGUGCAAUUCUGACGAUAAACAUGAAUGGAAUGCCAAAAUCCAUCAUUUGGAUUGGAGAAAAGGGUUUAAUGACACGGAUUUAGUAAGCCAAUGUACCCAUAGGUACAAAAUAUACGUUGAAGGAAACACAUGGUCGGUUAGCGAGAAGUAUAUAUUGGCUUGCGACUCGAUGAGUCUGGUCGUAACUCCUCACUACUAUGAUUUCUUCUCCAGAGGUCUAAUACCUACCGUUCAUUAUUGGCCCAUAAACGAGAAAAACAAAUGUAGUUCAAUCAAGUUUGCCGUUGAUUGGGGGAACAAGAAUACAGAUAAGGCGCAGGAAAUUGGAAGAAGAGGAAGUGAAUUUGUAAAAAAGGAAUUACAAAUGAAUUUGGUGUAUGAUUACAUGCUCCAUCUUUUAACAGAAUACUCGAAGCUUUUCAAAUACAGACCAAUCAUUACAAAAAAUGCAGUUGAAGUUUGCUCCUGUUUGGGGAAAGAUGUGGUCAAAGAGUAUAAAGAGCUAUCAAAGGUGAAGGCUCCAUCGCAGGCGAGUCCCUGCACCAUGCACCCGCCUUAUGAUGAUCAUCAACUUCAGGCUCUACAAAACCUGAAACUAAAUUUGACCAAGCAAGUCGAAUUUUGGGAAGCAGCAAGACACGAUUAAUAAUGUACAUGAAGAUGUUUAUAGGGAUUUUUUUCAUAGAUUUAUUGUGACGUGUAGUUUACUUGUUGAUUUGGUCGAUGUCGUUAUAUUAUGGGUUUGUAAAAUAGGACGCAAGAAUUGAGUUAACAUAUAAU